AUGAAGGCCUCCAUCCUCGCCGGUCUCUCCAUCAUUGGAGCCGCCGUGGCUACCGUGCCCAGCAUUGAGAUCAAGGGCAAGAAGUUCUUCUACUCCAACAACGGCACCGAGUUCUUCAUUCGUGGUGUCGCUUACCAGGCCCAGUACACUGGUGGAAAUGGUGGUGACACUACGACCAGCACCUACAAUGAUCCCAUCGCCGACAUUGACGCUUGCAAGCGUGAUAUCCCCUACCUCACCCAGCUCCGCACCAACGUUGUUCGUACCUACGCUGUUGACCCCAGCAAGGACCACGAUGAGUGCAUGAACGCCCUCGCCGACGCCGGCAUUUACCUGAUCACCGAUUUGUCCGCCCCUGACCAGUCCAUUGUCUCUGACGACCCUACCUGGAACGCCGACUUGUUCACUCGCUACUCCCAGGUCGUCGACGCCUUCGCCAAGUACCCCAACGUCAUCGGUUUCUUCGCCGGUAACGAGGUCUCCAACAAGGUCAACAACACCGACGCCAUGGCCUACGUCAAGGCUGCCGUCCGUGACAUGAAGUCCUACAUCAAGCAGAAGAACUACCGUAGCUCCCUCGCUGUUGGUUAUGCUACCGACGACGAUCAGACCGUGCGUGAGGCCAUCUCCAACUACCUGAUCUGUGAUGAUGCCUCCGACUCCAUCGACUUCUUCGGCUACAACAUCUACGAGUGGUGCGGCGACUCUUCCUUCACGAAGUCCGGCUACUCCGAGCGCACCAAUGAGUUCAAAGACUACCCCGUUCCCGCCUUCUUCUCCGAGUACGGCUGCAACGACGUCCGUCCCCGCAAGUUCACCGACGUCCCCGUCCUCUUCGGCCCCCAGAUGAACGAUGUCUGGUCCGGCGGUAUCGUCUACAUGUACUUCGAGGAGGCCAACAAGUACGGUCUGGUCUCCACCGACGGCAACAAGGUCAGCACCCUGUCCGACUUCAGCUACCUCUCCAAGCAAAUGGCCACCAUCUCCCCCACCGGCGUCGACUCCAGCAAGUACUCCGUCUCCACGACCGUCGGCCGCAGCUGCCCGACCGUCGGCGCCGACUGGAACGCCGCCAGCAUCCUGCCUCCCUCUCCCAACGCCGACCUCUGCGAGUGCAUGUACAACUCGCUCGAGUGCGUUCCCAACUCAGACAUCACCGACAAGCAGCUCGGCAGCACCUUCUCCUACCUCGGCGGCCAAGGCGACGUCAUGGCCGGCGUGAACUCCAACGCCACCUCCGGCAAGUACGGCGCCUACUCCAUGUGCUCUGCUAAGCAGCGCCUGGCCUGGGCCAUGGACCGCUACUACCAGGAGAACAAGGGCAAGGCUGGCGCUUCUGCCUGCGGCUUCAAUGGCGUCGCCUCCACCAAGAAGGCCACCUCUGCCUCCGGCUCCUGCGCUACCCAGAUGAGCUCCGCCGGCACCAAGGGCACCAACGUCGUCUCGGGCGGCCUUGCUGCCAGCACUGGUGGUGCUGCCACUGGCACUGGUGCUACCAGCGGUGCUACCUCUUCCGGUAUCGCUGUCGGCACUGUGCCCCAGGCUGUGCACGUUGGCAACUGGCAGGCAGGUGCGUACGCCGUUGCUGCUAUUGCUUCUGGUGUCUUCAUGAUCAUGCUGUAA